ACUUCCCUCAAUACCUCUUAUAAAUCCACCAGGUAGCAUCCAGUCCUACCCAAACCAGAUCGAGACACAGGUGCCGACACCAAGGGAACAACUACAACGAUGCCGUCCAUCGCCCGCGAGCAGCUGGCCGCGGCUGCGGAGCGGCUGACCACCGCUCCCAACAUGGCCAUCAUAUUGGUCUUGGCCCCUGUCGUGUGGGGGCUGGGCCUCGCCGUCUACCGCCUUACCUUGCAUCCACUUGCCAAAUUCCCAGGGCCAAAACUCUACGCGGCUUCGGCACUUCCUUUUGCAUACCACAACAUGCUGAAGGGUCAAUUCGUCACCAGCGCGAGGAGACUUCACCGCAAAUACGGCCCCGUUGUGCGCAUCUCUCCCAAUCGCCUAAUGGUGGAUGGAUCCGUGGGAUGGCCCGACGUGUUUAUGCACAAACCGGGUAAAAACCUGCCCGAAUUCGGAAAAGACAUGUCCUUCUUUGGACCAGAAAUGGAGAAAAGCCUCAUCGCCGCACCGAGCCGCGAGGCCCACCGCCGCCAACGCCGCCAGGUCGCCCACGGCUUCAGCGAGGCGGCCAUUUACGAGCAGGAGCCCAUCAUCGGCUUCUAUAUCGACCUGUUCAUCCGGCGGCUUUCGGAAAACUCAAAGGGCGGCAAGGCAAUCGACAUGCUCAGCUGGCUAAACUACGUGGCUUUCGACAUCAUCGGCGAUUUGGCACUGGGCGAGUCGUUUGGCAGUCUGGAAUCGAGCAAAUAUCACCCGUGGGUGAACAACGUGUUCCGAGGACUCAGGGGCUCCAGCGUCCUCCGCUUCCUCAUCGAGUGCCAUCUCGCCCUGUUCGCGCUGCUGGACCCCAGCGGCCUCGUCAAACAAACGGAUCUCAACCGCGAGUACGCGGACGGAAAGGCCCUCGCCCGCAUGGAGCUGGGCGUCGAGCCUCUGGUGCGGAGCAAGGGCGCCAUCGGCCCCGACGGCCAACCCAAGAUGCAGGUCCGCCGCGACUUCAUCACGUACAUGAUGCGAGCCACCAGGGACGGCAAGGACGGCCUCACCAAGGACGAGAUUCGCGUCAACGCCAACACGCUCAUCGUGGCCGGCAGCGAGACCACGGCCACGAACCUUUCCACGCUGUGCUUCCAGCUCGCCAGGCCCGCCAAUCGACGUUAUUACGACGCCGUCGUCGCCGAAAUACGGUCUUUGUUCAAGAGCGAUGCCGAUAUCACGAUUCGCUCCGCUCGGAGCGACGCCCUGCCCCUGCUGCACGCCUGCAUCGAGGAGUGUCUGCGCAUACACCCCCCGGUGGCGGAGAUGCCGGCCCGGAUCUCGCCUGGUGGACUUGUAGAUGGAAAAUAUGUCGCCCCGGGGACCACGAUAACCAUUUUCCAGGCCGCCACGUUCCACAACCCGGACCACUUCCUCGAGCCCACAAAGUGGCAGCCGGAGCGCUUCCUGCACGAGGACCACGCCAUGUUCGACCCUCGCUUCAAGGCGCACGACAACUUUGCCAUGUUCAAGCCCUUCAGCGCCGGCCCUCGCGACUGCAUCGGCAAGAACCUGGCCUACUCCGAGAUGCGCCUGGCCGCGGCCCGGGUCCUGUUCCGCUUCGACCUUGAGCUCGACCCGCGCACCAAGGACACUUGGCUCGACGACCAGCGCGUCUUCUUCGUCUGGGAGAAGCCCCCGCUCUACCUCCGCCUCAAGGAGCGGACCGACCUGGGGGAGCUCAAGGGUAAUUAGAGAAGUGGCCGCCCGCGCCUCCGCACCAGCCGGAGGUAACCUUCCUUUUUCGCUUUCCUUUGU